AUGACAGAAUCGUGGAACACGGGCUCCAACUUCGGGUCUCGAGAGGGGGAUUGGCCCGAAGUAGAUGUAGACUCCGAUGAGGAGGGUACUGAGGCUAUGCGUCGUGCCGAAGCUGCUAUGCACGCCACCAUCGAGCGCUCCAUCCCGCAACGGAACCAGCACCCAACCCACGAGGCUAUCCCAGAGUCACUUUAUAUCAAAGCCGAAAAGCACCAGGACCAGCUCACGUUGGAGGAACGUCAGCGCUUACUCAGCCGCGGCGACGUAGUGGGCAAGGCGCUGGCCUACCCUGAUUCCCUUACCAUCGAUGAGAUACAUGAGGUUCUCCUCUGGCCGCCAGUGGAUGUAGUUCACGCCAAUAUCCAGCAAGCCACAUGCGGAACGCUCAGCACGCCUCGUGAGCUAUACGCCAAGGCCAAGGAUGCCCUAGACCGCGGUCAAUUUGACACGAUGCUUAACGAUUGCGAGAUUGCCCUGCUCUCACGUAGUUUCCACCCCGUGGACGACCCAAGCUUUUCUCCUGGAACAAUCAUGGAAGCUCUUGGAGAACCAGGAAAUGGAAAAGCCCUGGCACUGAUGUCGGAACGGAUGGGGCUAGCUGUGGACGUUCUUCAGGCUGCCAUGAUACGCCAGAUGCGGACCAGUACGCCGAUGUCUCUUUUGCUUGGUUUCAGUUCCGCUGCCGGGCCAUCUUUAUCAAUGCCGAUCCCGAGAGUCUCCUCUGCAGAGCCACUACAAGACCGAUUGAGACAUAGACACGAAUUUCAAUCACUUAACAGGGUCAACGCCAUAGGGUAUCCUGAACAUCAAAGCAACCACAACAAUGUAACAGACGAUGGGACCACCUUUCCACAAACAACCUCAGUUCCGUUUCCCUCUUCAAACGGAUUUCCCCCCGCCAGCUUCCAAUCAGCGUCUCCGUCAUUAUUACUGCCUACAUCAUGGCCUGCAGCGCCUCCUCCCUCACGCGUCGACCUCUUUGGUGCUGGACCUUGGCCACCGAUGGCCACGCCAUGCGAUCCCAUCGCCCUCUUCCGAGAUGCCACGCAGCUCUUAGGCUACGACGUUUCCCCAGGGUGGUCUACCCUGACUGAAGACCAGAAAGAAGUAUAUCGCGGUCGGUCAGAGACGCUCCGCCGCGAAGCUUGGGCUGAACACAACGCGGCCCUGGCCCGGCAAACACCGACUAUCACUAUUUCCAGCAGAGAAGAGGGACAAUCCCCGCGACAGCUACACCAAAGAAACUUUAGCAGGGGAGAAAGACUGCCUGGGGUACCCCGUAGACCAGCUCUUAUUACAGGGCUCAGGGUGUUUCAUGCUGAGCUGGGGCUGGGGAUGGAUUUCCAAGACGUUCUGAGAAGGUGGGAGGGCUUGGCUGAGGAACAAAAGGUGGCGUACGACGGCAUGGCUGCAAGGGAUAAUGCUGCUAACUGGGCGGCGUACCAGCAGGGAAUGAGUUGA